AUGCCCUCAAAGCAAAAAGUCCGCGUGAAGCAGAAAAAGCCAGCAGCAGCAGCAUCUGCACUGCCAACGAUAGAAGCAGGCUUUUUCGUCGAUACUCACGGCGCUUCGGACGGGGACGACUUCGCUGACAAUGCCAUCAGCGAAAGUGAACAAAUACCCAAGGAUGCAACGGAAGAGACGCUUGAGCGGUUACUCUUUGGCGAUGCGGCGGGGUUUCAUGAUGCGCUAAGGGAUCGGGAUGCUGGGGCUAUGGAGAUUGCGUUGAGGGAUGGUGCGAGUGAGGGUGGAGAUGGAGGCGUAGAGGAAGAGGAAGCGCAAGAGGAGGGCGGCUUGGAACAUAUAUAA